AUGGAGGACCCUGCGAGCGUGUUCGACUGCUUUGGCAUGAUCUUUACCGUCUUAAAGCUCGCUCUGGCUCUCUCGCCAAUUAUCGUUCUCGCUUCUCUCUUCGUCUUCAAUACUGACACAGAGGAAGUCUGCCAAACGAAACGGAAGCCGGAUUUCUCUUUGGAGCCGCUGGAGUAG